GGCACGUUGACGCUGCCGCACAACCAUGCGCGACAACCUCACCACGAUUCUCCGCGGCCGUCGCGUGCGCCUCGUGCCCUAUCUCCCUCUGCACGUGCCUCGCUACCACAGGUGGAUGCAGGACGAGGAGCUGCAGCGUCUCACCUGUUCAGAGCCGCUGACGCUCGCAGAGGAGUACGCUAAUCAGCUCUCGUGGCGCGAAGAUGCGUCAAAGGCGACCUUCAUUGUGUGCGCGCUCGACGGCCACAGCGCCAACACGGACGAGCCAACGGCCGUGGACGAUCUCACGGCGGGCAUGUGCGGCGAUGUGCCUCGUGUGGCGUACCUCGUCGCAAAGAUCACCGACGACAACGACGCGUCGCGCCGCCUCUUCGAGGGCCUGGGCUUCGCCGUGCACAAGCACCUCGCGGUCUUUGAGCAGACCGAGCUGCGAUUGCCGGCUAGCGGCGCGCGGGCGCUGUGCGAGCGGCAUUGGGCGGCCGAGGCCGAGAGGGCCCCGGCGAGGGGGCCUGGCGAGCAGCAUCGGCGGCAGCCCGAGGUCGGCGGCCGUGCCGACGCGCUGCUGACUCGGCUCUGCGACACCGAGGCCGACAGCAGCGCGCGCCGCGACGCCGCCAGCCUGCUCGCCGCCCUCCCUGUCGCGAGCAUCAGCUCGGAGCAGCUCUCUCUGCUCGCGCGGCAGCUGGCCAGCCCGCACAACUGCGACGUGGGCGGCGGCGCAAUCAGCGUGCGCAGAGCGGCGCUCCUCGCGCUGACGCAGUUGUGCGGCCAGCCCGACGGGCUGGCGGCUGUCGCGGCCACUUGCUUGCCCGUGGUGCGCGAGCUGCUGAGCGACGCCGACGCCGACGCACGCGAGAUGGCCGUGCGGGCCAUGUCGGCGCUGGGCGAGCUUGCCGACUGCGCCGCGCUCGUCGGCCGGCUCGAGGACGAGGAGGGCGACGUCCGCUCCGCCGCCGCCGACGCGCUCGUGGUGUUGCGUGCUGCUCUCUGCGCCGCCGAUGUGGGCGCGGUUGCGGUUCUCUGCGUGUCUCACGGGCAGGAGGAGGAUGCGAGCGUGCGUGGGGCCGCCGCGAGCGCACUGGCGCGCCUCGACGCCCAGGAGCACGCCGACGCGGUAGCUGACUUGCUGGGAGACGCCGAUCACAGCGUGCGGAGCGCCGCCACGGCGGCGAUGAAGCGAUGGGGCAUGUGAGGGGGCGCUACGUGGGUCUGUAAACGAGCUCUUUCUCAAAAGCUCCAAACAAUUGUCAAUUCU